AUGGCAACGAAGCAAAUGUUGCCGGGUGAGGGUGCGGACCGAAGUUCGCGUCCUGGCACGAGGUCUGUCGCGCGUUCUCGUGGCACCUCGCCCUCUUCUGCUCCGCGGUUGGGAAUUUCGCAAGAACUGACCGCGCUCGGCUCCCAGUUGCAGGCGCUGGACCGUCGCCAGCAACUUCUGUUCGAUCCGUCCGUGUUUCCCGAAGACAGCCGCCUCGCGGUCAGUUUUCCGCCCUUCACGAGGAAGGUCGAGGACGCUGCGGAGGCGCCGCACGGCGCCGUGAAACUGCGGAAUCCCCACCGAGACGGCCUGGACCGCGUUUUGGGCGACCUUUCGAAACCCGUCGAUCUCGGUGUGUCGCUGCCAGCCGAGUUGCAACGCGACAGUUUCGCGCAAAACGACCCGCCUGGGCGGCUGCCGCCCGCGCUGAAGCACACGAGUCUGCGGAAACUCGACGAGGACGCCGUCAGCAAGUUCCACGUCGGCGUCCGCCAAUCCGCUCGCCCGGUCUCGUACGCGGACGCUCUGGAGAGGACGCGGCGGGAGGAAGAUCGCCAGGAGAAAGGCGCCGUCCGCUUUGCCGCGGCGACCGCCGCGGUGGCCGCUGCGGCCUCUGCUGUCGGGGCGGACGCCGACGAAAUCGACUGCGUCGUGACGGUCGAGGAACAAGCUCCGCCCGUGUGCGUGUCUCAGGGAGAAACGAACGGGGGUAAAAGUUCCGGCCCAGGACCGGGGGAGCUGCGCGCGGAGCAGGCGGCUGCUGGCUCGACUGUGAAGAUGCCAGCGGACGUCUACUCGGCUCCCGGUGGAGCCUGGCGCGCAGCUGCGCGUGCGCCCAGCCCCGAGGCGCUUGCCGAACCCAAGGUGUACAGCCACAGUCAGUGGGUCGACGAACGCAGAGGCGAAGGCGGCGCGCCACCUGGACAGUUUCCUUUUCCACGGGGACUCACAGAAAUGCAGGAGAGAAUGGAGGAGGAGUGGAUCGACCGCGAAAGGCGCCUGCGAGCCGACCACAAACGCGAGAUGGAACGAGCUGUUGCGCAUGCGUCAGAAAAGCUGUCUCGGGAGUACAGUCGCCGCCUCGUGUUCGAGUUGCAGGAGCAAGAGAAGGCUCUCUUGGCGCAGAUGCAUGAGCGACAUCGUCAGGCUCUGGCCGAAAUUCGGUGCAUCUCUGAGUCGAAAACGGAUGCCGAGGAGGAGACACAGCGCUUCCAGAGAGAAGCCAGCGCGAAGGAGCACCAGCUGCAGAAGGUCCUGCAUGAAACGCGUCUCAUAGAAAGUGAACGCGAGGCCCUCGCCGCAAAAGUUCAGCAUUUGGAGGCGGAGAACGCGAGUCUCCAUGCGUCUCUGACGCCUCUGGAGAAGCAAGCGUGCAGCCAGAGAGCAAAGGAAGAAGACCUGCAGCUGCGCCUCGAGCGCCUCAAGGCCUCCAACGACCGCCUCCAGAUUCAGCUGCAACAUGAGCAGCAACUCGCGGCGAAUUUCGCGCAGAAACGCAGAGGCUUGGAGCGCGAGGUCGAAGUUCUCGACGAGAAACGCGCCGUUGCAGAGCGGGAGUGGAAGCGGGUGGCGGCAGAGCUCCGCGAGCUCCAAGAACGGCAGGCGGGUCUCUGCGCCUCCAACGCUCACUUGCAGAACGAACUGGAUAAUGCCAUCCGCCACGGAAGGAACUUGGAACAGAGAAUCGACGAAGAUAGAAGCAAAGACGACGAAAGACAGAAGUUGUCACAGCGACUGGAGAAGUUGCAGGAGGAGAAGGAGACGACGGAGAGGCGCCAGGCAGAUGAGAUUGCAUCUCUGAGGAACCGCAUCAAACACCUGGACGCCGUGACGUUUCAACUCCGAACGAUGCGCCAGGACUUUGAGAGUCAACAGUUGGAAGUUAAGCGGCUGAGAGACGAGAAUGCUACGCUGCUUGCGGAGAUGCGUCACCAAAACAAAGGAGACCAUGCAAUGAAGCUUGAUCAGCAGGCUCUCCAGAACGACUUGAUUACCGUCAAACAGGAGAACGCAGACCUUCGCAAGGAGAUGAAUCGGCUCAUCAAGGAAAGGAAUUUCGCAGCUUCCGGAGGGAGUCUUCCUCCAUAUACGCCGCCGAGACCCAAUUCGUUUUCCACCACACCAUCUCCCGACAAUCCGCUGGCCAUGCAGCUCUACAGUUCCGAGCAUUCGCGAGGCUGCGGCAACGCUUGCUCCGGAGGUGGGCGGCAAGCAGAUCCGAUGAUGACAGAGCACGACGCGUCCGUCUGCCCUUCUCUUACUGGCCCUCUGAAUCGCCGGUGUUUCACUUCGGACGGAAGACCGCGGUGCGUGGAAGACCUGUCGAUCCCCUCACCCUUGAGUCGCGAGGCCUGUGCGAGUCCGGCGCUGAGAGCGCAGCAACUGGCCGUCCGCUGUUCGACGUCGAUCAAUCCCGUAGGCCGUAGCACGCGACCUCCACCCUCUGUAGGCGCAGCCUCCAAUCCUCUUCAACAUGUACACUGCCCUUCCGCCGCCUCUCGCCUAGGCACUGAAGGAGAUCAUCCUUCUUACAUGUACGAUGGCUACCGCGGAGAUUCGCGAAAGGCAACAGCUCUAGGAGCUCUCGCGGAGGACAUUCCGGCGCGAGGUCUGGCGCCUGCAAUCAGCCUCCCCGUGACGGCCGAGACUCCCGAACAAGUCGCCUCGCUCGAAUCUCAACUCCUGUUGCUGGCAACAGAGCGAAGGCGCAUAGAAAGCGAACUGAGUAAAAUUCCUUCUGCGCGAGGUCGCACUGCGCGAGAGCGCCAGCAGAUGCAACAUCUUGAGAGUCGUCUAGUCGAGGUCGACGGGACGACGCACCGGAUCAAACAGAUCCUUUUUCAGGCUCAGAGAAGAAAGAACUGA